AUGCUAAAGAAAAUCGCAGUGAUUGGCGGCGGCCCAGCUGGAAUAUCGUUCGUUUAUGAAUCCUUGAGAGAAAAAAGCUGCCAAUGGGACAUUGUGGGAUUUGAAGCUAAGAAUGAGUUAGGUGGGGUGUGGAGUGGUCAGCCCAAUUGCUCGAGGAAAAGCGAUGCUGAUUCAAUUUCUGCGCUUGACAAGCUCAGAUCACUUCCAAGCGAUUUAGAUAUCCCCAUCACUGCUGAAGAAUUAUUUCAGUACGGGUCACCUUUAACUGAAGGGAAAAGUACCGUGACAAGCCUGAAACCGCUUUUAGGCACCAGCGUCGAAAAUCCGCUGCGAUUGGUGCGGUCAAAAUUGCUACGCGAUGACAUUAUUUUGUCGUCAGAAACUGGGCUCUAUUCGAACUUCACGUCAAAUGUCUCAGGCAAACUUAUGGAAUUUGACUGUAGUGGAAGCUACUCUGAUUGUGACGUUAAAUCUAGCUCUUACCCGUUAAUCCCGCUCCCAGAAAUAAAACGGAAAAUAAAGGCAUACAUGGACAAGCGUAAUAUCAAGAGUUUCUACAGAUUGGGAACAACAGUCGAAUUUGUGGACAAAAUAUCACCUACCAAAUGGAUAGUUGUUGCUAAAGAGACCGAGAAGGAAAGUAAAUUUGAUAGAUGGUACUGUGAAAUAUUUGACGCUGUCGUCAUAGCCAAUGGUCAUUUUGGUAUUCCCUAUAUCCCUUAUUACAUGAGCAGUUUGUCAGAAGAAGCUCCCGAAAUCCAUGAAUUUAAUGUGAAGUUUCCGAGUACUUUGUUACACGUUCGGGAUAUCGAGUCUUGGUACCAAAAUUCACUUCCACGGAUUAAGGAACAAAGUUUGGCAGGUAAAGAGCAAACGGUCGUUUUGGUGGGGAAAAGUUUCAGCUGCAUGGAUGUGCUCAAAAGGCUCAUGCCUGUCAAAAACGCUUGCCCAUCUUUGAGAAUCGUCAUUUCUUCGAAUUUUCCUGCGAUGCCGGAAAACGAGCUGAACCCCUUUAGUUGGUUCGACAAAUGGCUAGUGGAAACAUCCAAUGUGCAACUCACGGGUGCCAUCAAGAAAUUCCAGAAUUCAAGUGGACCUGGUCUCGAGUUUCAAGACGGCUACGUAGUAGAAAACCCCACGUCGGUGAUUUUCUGUACCGGUUACCUCUUUAGUUAUCCUUUUCUUUCGAAGAGGCUACUUGAAAGUUACAGAAUUUUUGUUACCCCAGAUCCGCAGACAACAGAUGGCGCACCAUCCAACAUGUCACGCGUAACAGGUCUUUACCUCCAUACUUUGUCAAUUGCAGACCCAACGCUAGGGUUUAUUGGAGUUUCUAGUAACGCGUGCUUUCAAUCCUUUACGAUCUCUUCUCUUGUUUUAAUCGGUGCUUGGACUAAGUUUAACGACGCUCUGUCAAAAAAUGACGAUACUGGAAAUUCUGCCCACAACGUUGCUUGGUCUCAAGUACUACCAGCAGUGGAAGAAGAGCUAGAAUGGUCUCGCGAAAGAUUAUCAAAAGUUGGUAACACAGGUGCAUACCAUUUUUAUCACCCCAUCUCUUCUCUAAAAAGCGAAUGGGUACGUUACUGUAAGGCUUUGGUUCUCGAUCCCUGCAGGUUGGAUAAAAUUUGGCCCAACGAACCAGAAUCGCUGGCUCAAAUAGCUCUUGAUAAGAUCGAGGAUCUAUUUUACCAUUUGGUGAACCAAGUGUGGCAUCCUCAAGGAAAUCUGAACCAGGGCUCUCACGAAUGA